UUUCAAUAAACAAGGCGGGAUGUCCGUAUAUCGCGUUACUAUGGGGCUUAUGCGUUUCUUGUUAAUCAUUGUAGUCCUACUUCUUUUGUAUGAUGAAAUACUUGCUAAAUCAAAAUCAAAGGGAUUUGGACGCUCGAAAACACUUUCACUUUCAAAAUCAAAACAUCGUUAUUCAGGAAGAUCAAGCUUUUAUUCACGUCGGAGUGGACUAUCAAAUUCUCGUAAAAAAGCAUUAUUCUUUACAGCUGGUGCUCUGGCUGGUAUUUAUAUUGGUUCACGAAUGAGAUCACAUGUGUACCUAAGAUCAUAUCGUGAUUUGUAUAAUUAUGAGGUUUGUGAAGGUCAACGCACCGAGUUCAUCAAUAGUACAGGGAUGACACGUACUUACUCAUAUUUCCUAUGUCCUGAUAAUCCAAAUCAACCAUUCGAAAAAUAUUGUUGCUGGGAUUCAACAACUGGUAUGGGUGCAUGUUGUUCGUAUGAUGUAAAAAUGUAUUCACAUUCUGGCAGCAUAUAUACAAGGACUUUAUCAAAGCUAUGGUUUCAUGUUUGUAAUUACGUUGCAAUUAUCACCGAAGAUACUGACAUCAACAUGUCUGUUCCUGUUGAUCCGCUCCAUUGUUAUUCUUGUAAUUUCUAUUAAACAACGUAUAUGUUGACGAUAUAAUUAUGUUUAACUUAUCAACAUAUUUAAUAUAUUCUGAUCUUAUUAGCGAUGUAAAUCAACUAUUACUAAUCAUUCAGUUUAACUGUUAUUCUGAGUUAUUUUUACAAGAAACAUACUGGUGUUAUGUAAUCAUUGUGUUUGGUUUUUCUUAAAAUUUGAUUCUUUUCUCUUCUAAAUGUUUAGUUGUAAAACGUCUUUACCAAAAGAAGUGGUGAUAUAUAAACUAGGGUUUGUAACAAAAUAUAGUAUAUUUGUAUUCACGAACUCAAUAGAUAAAUACAAAUUCGAAUAAGGUACUUAAAUCAAUUCUUAAUUAAGUGUUUCCCUCAAUUUCUUCAUAACAAAUGAUUUCCGGACAUCUAUUGUUUAUUUGGUUGUGUUGUUUUCUCUCCAAUAAUUAGAUGUGUUUCUUUCGACAAGAAAGAAGUUGUUGAUGUGUCUCACACUGUUUAACCAACUUAUUAACUUUUAAACUGCGUCUUCAUUUUAGUUGUAUUCAUUGUUGUAAUUCAAAGUCAUGCAUGCUUUGUUAUGAAUCGAACUUUUAAACAAACAUUUAUCACACCAUCUCUCAGUUUAUACUACAUCCGUAUAUUGUGAUUUAAUUUUUGCAUUUUAGAGGAGCUGUCGUUGGUACACUACUUGGAAUUAUGUUAUUGAUUAUAACACUCGGCUCGAUUAUAUAUUGCUGUUUUCGUUGUAAACGUCAAAGAGAGAGAGAAUCACUGAAUGUUCCAAGUGCACAGCUUACAUCACCUCUAGAUCCAGUGUACAAACCGGUAAGCAAAUCCAGAAGUUUCUCCGAGUCUAUUGACACUUCGACUGUAGAGAAUCAGCCAUUGAAUUCUGGGGUAAGGUGUUAUUCGUAUUUGUGACGUAAGAGAUUUAAGCAUAUGGUGUGCUGUGUGUGUGUGUGUGGUUAUACGCACAAAAUACUCCUUGGCUAACAGUUGUCUUUUUAAAAAUUUGAGUUUUCUGUUGACACCGUUCCUAUUUUUUGUUUAGUUUGCUACUUUUAGUCGACUAUAUUUUAUUGUAAUCGAUUUUUAUUUAUAUUCAUUGACUUGAGAAACUUACUAGAAAUAUAACUUAUAACUUCAGAAUAUCCGAUAAAAAUCAUAAAUAAAAUGCUUUUUAUCUUGUCAGCUAUUUUGUGUUGUCCAGCACUCCACAACAAUCCAACUACGAGAUAUUCGACUUCAACUUUUCAUCUAAGAUAGGCAGUGAUCAAUGUAAAGCGAGUAGUAUCUAAUCUUGAUGUUCGAUUCUUCAAUGAGUGAUUUAGUUUUCUCUUAUAAACUAGUUACGUUACUUGUUAGAUUUGCUACAAUCUCCUUUUGAUUAAUUCCAAACUAAUUGAUCUUAACGAGGUUUUCAGACAAACCAAAUAAAAUGUCAAACUAUUCUUCAUCUAAGAACUAAGUACAAUAUGCACUGAAUGGAGUAAUAAUAAUAAACUUUUUAAGGGCUAUUGAGCAGCAGAUUGAAAUCACACUUUUACAGUUUCUGUUUAUACAGUAAAUUACUCAUAAGUUUUAAGCACAUGCCGAUUAGUUGUACUGUAGUAUUCAUUUCCUGUAAUAGCUAGGAGUGAAUUUCAUUUAGAUUUACUUGUUUUCUGAGGUAUUUGUUGUUGCUAUUUUUAUAUUCCAUUUUCUGUUAUAUCUAUCUACUGUUAAUACUUCCUUCACAUCAGUUAACCACUACAACGAUCUUUUUUAUGUCAAAUAUGAGUGAUUUAAGCAACUUUACACCUUAGAUUUUGUAACACAUCAAAAAAUUGUCGCAAUGAUCCAUGUAGAUUCUUAUGUUUUAACUUGGUAUUUUUAGUAAAACAUAGUGGACGUCUCUAUAUAUACUUUAUUGAAGAGCUACUUUGCUUUAAUUUAUUAGAAUCAAUAUCCUGUAGUCAAUCCGACUUCAUCUGUUCCUCCUGGUUAUCCUGUUUAUCCAUAUCCUCCGAACGGACAAUACGUUGGUUAUCCACAGAAUGUUGAUGUCCCUUUUACACCUGUGCCACCAGCAAUUCCAACAAAUAUGACCGGAGAAAUUGGAUUUAGUUUGGGAGCAAAUAGUAAUGUACCCUAUUCAACCACUCGACCAGAUUUCCCACCCCCUCCCUAUCCAGGUGCUCCAAGUUCAAAUGCUGAAGGAGUUCUGCCUAGCGCUCCAAGUUCAACAUGGAUGACAAAGAGUUGAAUUAUUUUUCAAAUUCCUAUCAUUGAAAGGUUUUGUUAUCGGUAACAUAUGAAAGAUGAGAAGAUUCACUUUCACUACUAUAAUUAUUAUUAUUACUAGUAUGGAUGGUAUUCAAAAAUCUUUGUCUAUUGAUUAAUUGUUAUAUGUAUAUUUUUUUUUCCUGUUAAUUAUGUUUAUUUCUCAAGUUUUUCCAUGUUUGAAAUUGUCUUGUUUAACAUUGUUUUGUUUUUUAAUUCCAUUUUCUGAUGAAUUCUUUCUAGUUGUUAUCUUUGCAUUUUAAGCAUAUUUAUUUUAUGUAUGAUUUAUUUAUCUCAUUUUUUGUUGUGUUUGUUUUAUACAAUAAAUUAUUACUUUCCUUAUUCUCAUUAUAUUUAUAUCAGUAUAUUUUGCCAAAUAAGUUCUAUCUAUUCAUUCAGCUAUUUUUUUUUCUAGAUUAUAAUAAGAUUUAAUGGUUAGUUUCUUCCCUUCACACACACUCUUUCUUUUUUCGUUACGUUUACAAAUAGUUCAAUAAAUUGGAAAUUAAUUCACACUUAUACUAUGUAUUUAAGCCUACUAUAUAAUAUCUGAAAUAAUGUUGUUGGACAAUCAAAUAUGAUUAGCAUUAAAUUGUUUUUAUUUUGCCUUUGUUUUUUUUUCUUUUCUAUAAAUAUAAACUUGUUAUUUGUUGAAUUACUGAAUAAUGGGUUUGUCAGUAGUACGUUCAAAUAUUGUUUAUUACAGUGUCCUUUUCUUUCCAUUUUUUUUUCUUGCUUUGAUAAUUUCUCCAAAUAUUCAUUUAUAUUACGUUUAUUAAUAUAAACUUUUACUGUCAUUCUACCAGUUUAAGUAUUACUAUACUAUUUAUUAUUAAUUAAAUUUUAUUAUAUUUUUAUUCAAUUAAUUGUGUUUGAUUGUUCACUUAUUUCUGUUCAGUAAAUGAAGAGAUUUACAUUGAACAACUCAGAAAGAAAUAAAAAGUUCUCGCACAAUUAUUAAAAGCUUAUAAUCAGUUAUUCAUUUUUUUUUAAUUUGUAUUUUUUGCUUUAUUAAAUUUUAUUAAAUAAUAUUUUACAAAAAGAAUCCUUUUUCCAAUCGUUUAUUCCAAUAUUGAAGUGAGUUGGUUACAUUGUAAAUUUGCAAUUUUCCGUGAAUUACAUGAAUCAGUAAAUCUAUAGUCUUGCUACAAACAUCUCAGUUCAUUGAUUAUCAACGUUAUUUUUGUAAUAUAUCUUGCGUCUUAAACUUUUCAUCCUUGAUAUGUGUCCGUCAUCACAUCAUAUUCAUUACUGCAGAAAUAAUCCAUACAUAGUCUCCGAAUAUAAAAUCAGGCUUUUAAUUAACUAGUAUUGUCUCCUAUUAUAUAUAGAUUCCAAUAAGACAUACAAUAU